AGAGGGAGAAAAAAAAGAAAAUAAAGACCAGGCAAUAAAUUUCCGCUCAUCAGAUCACCAAUGUAUAGGAAUAGAAUCAAAAUAGGGUUAAAUACAUCUUUUGUUAGUGCAAAAUGACUCUUCUUAUGUCGUAGACACAAGAGUGAAGUGGAUGAGAAAAGAAAAAAAUGUUAGCGAGUCCCACCUACAAUUGGAGUCAGCUGCAAAGUCUCUCCUCUCCUAUUAAAUAAGAGAUACAAAGCCCAUCAAAAUAUAUAGUUUUUAACUUACAAGGCCAUCCGGUAAUAGUUGGUUCAGUCACUAGUAAUGGCGAAUGUGGCGAUUGUUGAGCUUGACAAAAACUGUGCUAAGACAGUGGAAGAGAUAGUGAAAUUGGAGAGAAAGAUCUUUCCCAAGCACGAAUCACUCGCUUCAUUCUUUGAAGAUGAACUGAGAAAGAAGAACAGUGGUUUGCUUUAUCUUCACGCGGAUGGCGAACUUGUUGGCUAUGUCAUGUAUUCUUGGCCUUCUUCCUUGUACGCCUCUAUCACCAAGCUCGCAGAAGCUUCUGCCUCAGUAUGUCAUAUUUUGGUUUUACUAGUGAAGGAGCAAUGGAGGAGGCAAGGCCAUGGAGAGGCACUUCUAAAAGCGGCAAUUCAGAAAUGCAGGGCAAGGAAAGUUUCGCGCCUAAUGCUUCACGUGGAUCCCUUGAGGACCCCUGCACUGAAUCUUUACAAGAAACAUGGUUUCCAAGUUGACAGUUUGAUUGAAGGCUACUACUCCUCAGAUAGAAAUGCCUAUAGAAUGUAUUUGGACUUCGAUUCCAAUUGAAGGAGAGAUUGAAUAAACAUUUUAUGUAUGUUGUAUGGCCAAUUUAAACGACAAUUUUGAGUAAUGAUUGACAAGCGUUUAAUA